UACACGGCACUCGGCUCACGAGUCGAAUUCACGCAUAUUUCACAUGUGUCGCCGACCACUGUGUCUAUUCAUGCCUCAUGCUUAUCGGUGCCGCCUUCCCCUUCCUCCCGCCAUCCCCUUCGGCCUCCCCCUUCUUCCAUCACAUUUUACUCCUCUAUCGCUCUCUCUCUCUCUCUCUCUCUCUCUCUCUUUUCUCGUGUCGUUAGUUUCUCUCUUGAUGCAUUAGAGUAGAGCAUGUUGUCUUGGAACUUUCGGCCUCUUCCCCGACCCAUCCCUGGGACUGACCGAGCAUCGGUCGGUCCGCCUUCUUAUUGUUAGUUUAAGUCCGACGGCGCGAUCGGUCGGUCGGUCCUCGAGGGUGAUUAAUCGGGCGCUUUGCGUUUUCUUUUCCUUCUCUCCUUUUGUUUCUUCCUCUACCUCUCUUUCUCUCGCUAUAACCGACGCCGUCUCCUCUUCGGAGCUGACGCGAUCCGUUGAAAGUUGCGAUUUUCGUUCGAUAUAUAUAUAUGAUGCACCCACCGCCACGCUCGAGGAUUGUCUGAACCGGACACAAGGUCAAAAAAAUUUUCAGGUGGCCAUAUACGAAUAUCUUGAUGCACGUUGGCGUUUGUGUUUGACGAUUAUUUGACCAGAUAAUGUUCGUCUUUUAUGCCGGCUGAUGCAAUAGCUCGAUAGACAUAUUCACAGAUAUCUUCUGAAGGAGCGGUGUCAAUAAUCCACAAAAAUAAUUAUCGAUAACAAUGACGAUUGGUGAUGGAGCCGGUCACGCCGGCGAUAUCGGCGGCUUUGCUCCAGAAAAUAAUACCGCCACAUCAAUCCGAACGAUCGAUCAUAUAGCCGCAAAUGAUCCGAUCGGCUCGGCAAGCCAUGUGCAGCCUCGUCAAACCGAUUCCGACAAUUCUGAUUGGAGUGAGGGCAAUCCCCUCCUGAUCGAAAACGCAGCACUAACGAUUGAUGCUUCGAUCGGGAAGUCGAGGAGAGUUCACAAAGUGGAGGAAGAUACAAUACAUGUCGGGAACGCAGCACGAAAAGAGCCAGAUGAGGAUCUCGUGAACGAGCCGACGAGGAUGAUUGUCGGACCGCCCGAUGGCGGCCUGAGGGCCUGGAUGAUUAUGGUCAGCAGCUUCACGAUUAACGGCGUGCUCUUCAGCAUCAUCAACACGUAUUCUCUCAUCUAUCCGGAAUUGCAGAAGAGACUCACGGAGGCUGGUGAGACUGAAGUGUCUUCCAAAGCAGCUUUGGUUGGCUCUUUAACUAUCGGAAUCACAUUCUUCUUAUCGCCUAUCUCAGGGAUAUUAACGGAUAUGUUCGGCAUCCAAGUAACCACCUUCGUAGGUGGUGCGAUCGCGUCUGUCGGCUUGCUUCUUUCCUCGCUGUUAACAGAUAAGGUGGAACUGCUCUAUUUAACAUAUGGCGUUAUGUACGGUCUUGGUGCAAGUCUCGCUUACACCCCGAGUCUGGCAAUAUUGGGUCACUACUUCAAGAAGUACCUCGGCUUAGUGAACGGCAUCGUCACGGCCGGAAGUUCCGUAUUCACGGCGCUCAUUCCGUUCCUUAUGGAAUAUCUAUUACGGCAUAUAGGUCUGGAAGGGACACUGAGAAGCCUGGCCGCACUCACGGCUAUUAUUAUGGCUUGUGCGAUUCUUUUCAAGCCAAUACCACCGAAUUUGCCACAAGAAGGUGAGCGACAUAAAACAUCGCUACGAAAUGGUUUAAAAAAACUUGUAAACGUAUCUAUUUGGAAGAAAAAACGAUAUGUCGUGUGGGCUGUUUCUAUUCCUCUCGCUCUCUUUGGGUAUUUUGUACCGUAUGUCCACAUAGGCAAAUUCGUAUCUAUGACAUUCAAGGAUGCCGAUAGCAAAUUACCUGUUAUGUGCAUCGGUAUCACUUCCGGUAUUGGCCGUUUAGUUUUUGGCUACAUCGCUGACUUGCCAAAAGUGAAUAGAAUAUUAUUACAGCAGAUAUCAUUUAUAAGUAUUGGCGUCUUCACGAUGCUUCUUCCGUCCACGAAGUCCUUCCUCGUCCUCCUGACUAUCUCACUAGGCAUGGGACUGUUUGAUGGAUGCUUUAUAUCGUUACUUGGCCCAAUUGUUUUCGAUAUCUGCGGUCGCAGCGGUGCGGCUCAGGCCAUUGGAUUUUUGUUAGGAAUGUGUUCUAUACCUUUAACAGUUGGUCCACCCAUCGCUGGACUUCUGUACGAUCAUACUGGUUCCUAUGAUCUGCCUUUCCUGUUAGCCGGCAUUCCUCCAAUAGUGGGGGCGUUGGCAAUGUUCCUGAUAAACUGUGUUAAAGAUGAUGAAAGUUCAGAUGAUCCAUCUCCAGAGGAUCCCUCGAGCAAAACGAAUUGCCAGAAUGGGAAACUGAGGGAUAGUAGUUCCUCACCGAUAUUCCUUAUAAAGCAGAAAUGCGAGUUGACAAUGCAAGAUAAGUAUAGAAAGAUGUACAAAAAUCUGCAACCGUCUCAUCAGCAUUAUCGCGAUAAGAAACAGGCUGCAUUGCAAACAGGUUUGGCGUAUGAUGACUGUAAACACGAGUACGGCGAUCACUAUAAGUAUUCGGAGAGCGUACCUUUGCUUCACGAAGAAAAAAACUCACGAUGUUCGACCACAGGUUUUUUCGAGCGAUCAUCGACGCUUCUCACAUUCUGAGUCCGCAUCUUGAUAUUGGAAGUUCUUUCGCUGCGAAAUUUCAUUGUUCAUUACCCAUUCUCUUAAGUGAAAAUUAAAUUGCAAUUUGUUGAGAAAAAUUUUUUUUGUACCAUCAUAUUUUUUUAUAUAAAAUGAAGCAAUAUAUAUAUACAAUGUAUAAAUGUAUGUUUACACAUUGCAUGCAUUGUAUGUAUAUGUAUGAGGAACAUAUUUUUAUUUGAUAUACAUAAUGAUUUAUUUUUAAUAUAACAAUUAAUAUUUUAAUAAUUAAUAUUAAUUAAGCUAUAUCGACUUUUUUAUUAAAUCGCUCUCUGAGAGAUGUCAAUUACAUAUUAUUGUUAUAUCAAUCAUGUAGCAUGUACCGAAAUAUGUACCUAGUUUUGGAGAAACGUACUUAUCAAAAUGAUCAAUUUAAUUAAUUCAUACAAGUCAAAACAGAAAUAUUGAAUGUUAAAAAAAGCAGAGAUAUACAUAUAUAUUAUAUACGAUUUAAAUAAUAUAUUUAUUAAAACUGUAUAUCAUCUCUCUUUGGUUAAAAGAAAUCUAUUUUAUAAAAGUGCAUACACAAUAAUAAUAAUUAUCUCAAUUAGAAUGUGCCUAGUAAAAGUAAGAAUGCAAUUAGAGCAAAACGAAAGAUUUUACUACUUACAAAAAAAUAGUAGAUAUAUACUAGUAAUACUAUUCAAUAUUUAAUUUUUUGUAGAACUAACAAAAAAUGAAUAAAACUCUCGAUAGGAAAAAAUAAAGAUAUAUAAAUCACACAUAAAUUGUGUCCAAAAUCAUAAUCAUAAGCACACGAGUGCAAUACAUUUACAGAUUACAGUUUGUCAAUUUGUAUAAUAAUAAUAGUAGUAAAUUGUUUAAUUAUAUAUGGAUAGAGACAUUUAGGUAGUCCCAAUGUUUCAAUAUUCAAAUAAUACCUUCGUAAUAUUGCAGGGUAUAAAUUACAAAUAUUGCAUAAGUCAGCAUAAAUUUGAUAGUUAAAUUAAAUUUCUACAUUGCAAAAUUAUAAAUUUCUACAUAAGCAUGAUUAAUAAUGCACAAUAUUUCUGUUGAGAGAUAUAAUGAUACAAUGCUUUCCUUGCGUGUGCAUUAUUAAUUUAAAAUUUAGUUCCAAAUUACAUUUUUCACAUGUAUAAGAUUAAGUAGUUUUAAAUAAUUGUAAUUUGAUUAAUAUCAAUAUCUUGCUUUUCAACCGAAAGCAUUUAUUCUUUCUCUUUAAUGUAUUAAUUAUGCAAAUUUUAUCAAUUGUAUUAUAUAUGUAUAAUUGAUGAUAAUAUUAUUGCCAAUUGUUAUUUAACAAAUUUAAAGAAUAUAAUGAUGUUAAAGCAUGUAAUCG